AUGUUCAUUGAUGAAACUGCCGAACUGACAGCAAUUUACGAUCAAGAGCAAGGACGAGGCAUCGAGGAGGAUGAUGAUCUAGACGUCGAUCUUGAGGAAGAGCCGAACCCUCAUCGGGGUAAUGAGACGAAUGCCCAUAGCGCUUCCACACUUCACCAUCAGGCUUCGACAGGGUCUUUGGAUUCCCGAUUUCGUACGGAAAACACUUCCAAUCACUCACGCGGGAAUGCUUUACCACCGGAAGUUGAAAAUUGGCAGCAAAACCAACCCGAAACAACGAGUGUUGUCGACUCCUCAACCCAAGACACCGUCGGCCCCUUCCCGGACUUUUGGGAGACUCAUAGCUCGCUUCCUAUCCUGUCUCCGGCCCAAAGCAGGGUUACCGACGUGGAAACACCCGCAUCCCCUUAUAUCGAUGGCUUGGUCAAGAAGCCCUCAUCUACACAACCAGUCCAUACUGCUUUGGAGGUACUGCUAAUUCGGUAUUUUGUUGACGCUCUUGCUCGAUGGUUCGAUCUCUGCGAUCCGGAAAAGCACUUUCAGUUGAUUGUCCCCCAAAGGGCACGGUACUGUCCACCACUGCGAAACGCCAUGCUCGUUGCUUCAGCGAGACAUCUCUGCCUGGUUCAACGGGCACAAGCUGGACCGGAGGGUGUUUACUACUACCAAGGUCGUGCGGUUGCUGAUCUUAACGAAGAAACAGCGCUUCGCUACCACAGCGAGUGUAUCCAAGAUCUUCUCAAACAGAGUCUCGAACCACACCAGACAAGAGAUGAGAAUCUCCUUGCCGCAGCCAUCAUUCUGCGAUUUUACGAAGAAAUUGAUGCUCCGCUACGUGAAGACGACCGGGACAACGAGCUGUUCCUGCGGGUUAUCAAUGUGUUCAUCAACGCCCAGAUUCCCCGGGUUCCUCUAGUACCGCACAGUUCUCCCGUUAUCAAUGGCCCCAAAGUUGGGAGCUUGUCGGAUGCUCGAUAUACAGCGGGGAUGCCUCCUUCUCCCGAGCUCACACAUUCUCCGACCGCGUCCGACACCACGACCGCUCAUUCGCAAGGAGGCGUUCUUGGAAGCUCUGCCGAGGCGCCCGCCGUACGCUGGCGAACCGAUGGCCUCUGUCAGGCAGGAUUCUGGGUCGCCUUUCGGCAAGAGAUAUACUCUGCGUUUCUGAAACAGCGGCCUAUAAACCACGACCUUGCACGCUGCGAAGCUUUCCGAUCCUUUUCUCCCGCCGAAGAUGCCGUCUGGGCUGACCGGCUUAUCAUCUUCUGUGCCGAUGUUUUGGAGUAUUGUUACGGCAAUAGCAACACCACCAAUAACGGUAACAACGGCCACGGCGGUCCGCCCAUCAGUAGACACCGUUCCUCAUCUUCUUCAUCCUUGCCUGCGUCGGCAUCGCCCAUGGCCAAGGAUCACUGGCUCUCGCUCAAGCAACAAGAAGCCACAUGGGCGCAAGUCCUCCCCGCAAGUUUCGAGCCCAUCUAUUUCCGCGACCCGGACCGAACCCGAGGCGAAGUCUUUCCAACAAUCUGUUAUCUAUCUGACUGCCAUGUCGCGGGCGUCCAGCACGUCGAGUUGGCGAAGAUACUACUGGCCGUCUUCGACCCGACACGCACCCGAUUGGGCCCCGGCCACGUCGCAGGCAUGCGAGCGUUGAGUCGGGAAUUACGAACCAUCGUCCUCCGACUGUGCGGGAUCGCCCUGAGUAAUCGGGACAGUCCGCCCGGAUUAGUCACGGCCUUUUUGGCCAUUGUCGUUUGCGGUGAUCAUUUCGAGGACCCGGUCGAGCAGCAGGCGCUGUUGAGUAUUAUUGAUGAGCUGGAAGGCGUAUUUGCCUGGCCUGUUGGGAAUGCGCGGAAUCUGCUGAAAGAGGCAUGGGGAAUGAUGGAUUGA